UGGCGGAGCCAACGACAAGUGAUUGCAGUAGCCCAGCUACGGAAUCCGAUGACAAGGAGUUUAAUCCCUCCGUUGAAAUGAUGAUCAAUGACUUUGAUGAUGAGCGGACAAUGGAUGACGAGGAAGGCUUGAGUGGUUCAAGCUGUGGCAAUGAGCUUGAUGACUUGCAAAGGGAAGGUGACAUGCCCCUGGAGCAACUUCUUGCUUUCUACAACUACAGUUCAGAGCCACAGGACACAAGAUCAAGCAGUGAGGAAAGUGAAGAAAUACUCAGCAACAGGGACUUGACGCUCGACAAGGAUGAAAUAGCGAGGGAUCUCUUGAAGAAUGACGACAACGAUCGGAGUCCAACUGUGAAUGAUCUCCUGGAUAGUGUAGAAGUUCCAUCGCAAACAUCAAGACUUCUUAGAUCUCAUAGUCAGACCGGUAGUUCAGAUGAGGAUGAUGAAGAGGAUUUGGACUAUGAACCCACCAAGGAGGAUGACUGGAAGAAGGUUAUACAAGUUGGAUCAGACUUCCAAGCUGUCGUUCCUGAUGGAAUGUGUAAAUAUGGUGAUGCCCCUGCGUAUGAGAAUGAAGAUCGAUUACUCUGGGAUCCUAACAAAAUGGAAUCAAAAGAAGUAGUUGAAGACUAUGUGCGGCGCGUCAACCAAGAGACGUUACAGAAUGCCCAAGGUGUCAAUGCCAUUCCUACAGGUGACCACAUCAGAGAUGACGAACAGGCCUUGUAUUUAUUGUUACAAUGUGGACAUAAUGUCGAAGAAGCAAUCAGGAGACGGAAAAUGCAAUCAGUGCCACCAACAGAUCCAAUGAGUCUAUGGUCAGAAGAAGAAUGUAGGAAUUUUGAAAAUGGCCUCCGAACAUAUGGGAAGGACUUCCAUCUAAUACAAUUACAUAGGGUACGGACCAGAUCCGUAGGCGAAUUAGUUCAAUUUUACUACUUAUGGAAGAAGACGGAGCGACAUGAUGCAUUUGCCAACAAACACCGCCUUGAGAAGCGGAAGUACACACUUCAUCCUGGUGUCACUGAUUACAUGGACCGGUUCCUCGACGACCAGGAGAAUCCAACACCGCCUCGUGAUCGCUCAUCUAGUCCUGGUAUUCAUUCCCUCAUGUACGGUGAUCACAAACGCCACCCGCUACAGCAAGAGUUACGGCCUGUCUUGACAGAUCUUCACAUGGACCCCAACUUCCAACCACAGAAUUUCACCAGCACACCUAAUCUAGACACUGCCAAAGUGCUGGAGAACUCCACUGCACUCUUGCCAUCAGAAUUACUAGAGCACUCGGUUAGUCAGAAUAAAGGGGAAAAUGGUGAUCAUAGUGCAACGAUCACACCGGAGUCUGUUACAAAAAAUACGGAUCACCCGUUAGACUCAAACUGUUCGGAAGUGACAGAGAAUAGACUUAACAGUACAGGGGUGGAUGACAGUGAACCACCGACAAAGCGACUUAAACAUUCUCCUGUGUCAGAAAAUGACAGUUUGGUAUCGCAUUCAACAACUAUAGAACAAAUUCAUAAUGCCAUUAACCAUUCGGUAGAUGGCGGACUUGCAGCAAAUUGUAUACCAAGUAUUAGUGACGUUCAUCAUCUAAUUGAUAGCAAUCUUAACUCGUUAAUUAGUGAAUCUGUACCUGUGACAUCCGAGGCAAUGGCGACUGGUCAGUGAUGCAUUCCAUGCGUAGUUGAGUCGAGGCUGUGCAAUACUACAUGUAGUGGCUAUGGUGUGUUGAUGUGACGCUGCACUUGACGGAACCGAGUGACACUUUGUGCACUACUAAGUAGUGUUAUUUGUUUAUUAUGUUGGUCACAACAGCAAUGUGAUUUGCAAAGUAGAUAAUGAAAUGUGAUGCUUCGAGGGAUGACAGCUGUUGUAGUGGUGGAACAAAAUGGGACUUUUUUAUUUCUUCAGAUUUCUCUCUUUAGGGCCUAAUGUAGAUGAAGAUGGUGUGAUCUUCAAAAAUCUACAAAUGCCCGCAUUUGGCUUUUCAAAUAAUGGAUUUUUAGGGACCCUUCUUAUUGUUCAUAAACUAUUAAAUAGCAUUGAGGUCAAUCAGGAUUUUAACCUGAAUGGCGGGUUGGUCGUGGUUGUCGAUUUCAAAUUUGUCCUCCAUUCAAAAUGUUGGCAAGACUGCCAAGACAAUGAAUUGUCUUUGGUGUUUUCACAAGGUAUUUAGUCCAUGCCUUUGUUGCAUUUUAAAUGUGUGUUUUAAAAAGGCAUUUGAAGUCAUUAUUGUACAUGCAUGAUAACACGUACCUGAUAAUAUCAAAAGGUGGAUGAAUGCGUCAAGCUAGAAGCAAGUAAUUUUCCUUGAAAUAAUUGGGGCAGUUUCAUUCAGCAUGCGUUUGAAUUUGUAGCAACCCUCAAAUUGUUGUAUAUAUAAUCCUUCAUCCAACUGUAAUUUAUUGUGUUUUUGUGAAGUGGUGGAUGAAACCUUCUUAGAUGGCGUGAAUUCUGUUCAAGGCUUCAGCUAAUUUGUUUGGUCGUCUGCUUUUGAUUUACUUACCAGGAAUAUGUCUCCAGUCAAAAGGCUUAAUUUCUGAACUUAUGUUCAGAUGAAGACGCCUUGUCAAUUUGUGGAAAGUAUGUUGUCAGUGUGGAGUUUAUCAAUCUUUUCUACUUGCCAUUUUCUAAAAUCAAUUGGCAUCGUGCGCUAGUGGCAGAAUUAAAAAAUAAAGUGUGAGUUCUUAUGGGUAAGCAUCCUGUACCAAAGUAUGCACUUUGCCAAGUGUUCAGCAACAAAAUUUGCAAAUAACUACAAAACAAUAGUCAAUACUUUCAACAAUACUUUUGAAACCACACUGACAACUCCGCUACCAUAAAGAAAUGUCAUUCAUUCAGUAUUACAUGUAAAUGCUUUUGUUAUGUAUCUGUAUAUCAUUUGUCAUAAUCCUCUAGCAUGUCUGUUACUAGUAAAACAUAGUCAUAGUCUUUUGUGUUUUUGUUAAGACCACUGUUCUUCCACCUGUACCAUGUUAUUAUACUGUAACCCAGAAUUUUUUGCAAGCGUUUAAUCUUGCAGUCUGACCAGCACAAUUGACAAGUGCAAAAUGUAAGUUUUGCGCUAUUAAGUGGGGGCAAAAGCCAGUAAAACCCGCCAGAACAAUUUUCCUGGUUACAGUAGUCCUUGUCCAGUAGCUACAAUCAUGUACAUAAAAAUUAUAGGCAGAGGGAACUUACAAAUCAUGUUGUCAUAAUCAUUAACUUACAAAUGUCUGUAUUAUGAGUAUCUUGGUGAUAUUCCCAAUUGAAAAAGGGAAUGGUUGGUAUUUGAGCUUCCCCAUCAGGAUAAGUUCAUGUAGAGUGGAUAGUUGAAAGCAAAUGUAAUGCAGUUUGCCUGUUCUUGACCAUCGGCAUAAAUCUCGAGACCCCAUUUCUGACCAGAAGCUUGAAUGGUCUAUGGGGGGGGGGGGGGGGCUAUAUCAUUAAUUGUCUUAUGCACAAUAGAUUUCCAACCCAUGUCAAUUACAUUCACAAAAGGUUCUAUAUAUUGUAUUGGACUGCCACUUCUAUUACUGCCACUAUUUGGCAAAAAUCCCCCAUUGAAUGUCCUCCUAGAACAAACAUGUACUGGUAUAAGUAGUGAAAGCCAACAGUUCGGUGCUCAAUUCCCAGCGUAAUUAUGCUCCAUGUUCCUGUACAAAGCUUGCUCUAUGUUUUGGAAUCCAAGAUCUAGAGUGCUGUUCGUUAAGGGUCUGUUACUGUUGAUAUAUUGUCAUCUUUCUGUUCUUUGUACAUUUGAUCCUGAGUCAGCGCAGCACCAGUGGGAAGUGUAUAAAAUGUGGACUUUUUGAGUGAGAAAAACUGUUUCUGUUCAUUUUUCUUUGGGAUAUCAGUGCACUAUUGUAAUGGUUCGAUGGAUGAUUUUUAAGAGGACUUGAAAAGGCCUUGGCAAGGGAAGUCAGGGGGUGAAUGACUUCCCUUUGGGGAAUAUCUUUGGAAAUCGAGACCAUUUGCAGGAUGGCAUUGCAAUCAAGUUGUGUGAGAAUAAGUUUUCAAUCUGGUUACGAGAGUUUCUGUUAAUUUCCGUAACCUUUAAGUAUCAAUCAACAGUACAUGGUAGCACCGGCAAUAUCAGUUGUUUAAAUCAUCUUCAUCCCUGCUUGGUACGAAAACCAAAUGUGUUCGCAUUUUAAGGAAAAAGUGUUUGUAAUACGAGAUAUUAUUUUUGUUACCUCUAAUGUAUAGUUGAAUCAGUAAUACGUGAUUUGCCAUAAAGACUUUUUAGAAAUGUAAUUGUAAACUAUGACAUAAUUGUUCUUGUAAAGUACAUCUUCCAUACUCAUAAUGGAAAUUUGUUGUUGCUAUUAAUGUUUCAUAAUGUAUAUGUACAGACUUCCAGAUAUCAAAGCUUGGCCUCGUAUUACGUUUGAAGAAAGUGACUCACAUACAAAACUGAAUUUGUUUAGCGUGGUGUUUCGAUAAGUCUGAAACAUUAUUUUUUCUGUUAAGUAGAGAACUGGGGCAGGUACAAAAACUUCUUCCUAAAUGUACGUCGCUCUGCUAUAACAGCUGUUUCCAAUCAAACAAAUGAAAUCAUAUUGUGUUUGAACGGGGACUGUGAUUACUUGAGGUCGAUGCAGAUGAGUGCGAACGUUUACAAAGACAUCUCGUCACAGUAAGAAUAAUGUUGCCUUUUGCUGCAGCAGUGCACACUCGCAUGACACAUUUCCGUAUCACUGCAUGUAUUUAUUGUGAAUAAUCAUGAGAAAUUGUCAAUGUCUUUAUCGGAGUUGAAUGUACUUCUUAUCCACACUUAAUACUGGCAUGUCAAAUGCUCCUGUGUGAGAAACCUUUGUCUUCUUUGAAAUUGAACUAUUGCCACCUUACAAUGUAUAAACAUUUCCUUUCAGUGUCCUUUCAUGGCUGGGUUUACAUAGGUUUCACAAAGCCAGGCUGGGCUUACAUAGAAUUUACAGUGUGAUCAGUUGCAUCAUUUGUCACGAGCAUGUUUGAUGUUUGUUCAUUGACUCUUGACUUGAAUGACGGGGUGGGAGGGAAGUGAUAUGUGUGAUGCCUGCAUGUAUGUUGCCUGUUCUUUAGAAAUGACUUGUCUACUCUUCAUGUCAUAAGUGACCAUGCGUAGAAAAUGACAUGUCGCAAGUAACAGCCUGAACUCUAUGUGAACCUGGCCUGUCCUAAUCAUCGUAGUCCCAUGUUCAGUAACAUAGCAAGGAGAUUAGGGUGUUAUGUGAAUGACUCUGGUAUCCAGAUUGCAAUGGCAGUAGGUGUUCGAGUUAAAGUUUAAUAUAAGUUGGUACACUUAUAGCCUCUGUGCGUCAAUGUGUACUGUCUGUAGGGAUUUUGUACCACAUGUAGAAAUACCGUGGCUAUAAUUGUAUCACUUUACCUCAAAUGUAUGUCAAUGUUUUAGUAUUUUCAUUGAGGUGGAAUUGCAUAAUAAUUCCUCAGUGAAAAUGUUUUUGAAACUGCGGUAUAUUAUCGCCAAUCAUAAUCAAAAUCAACUUGUGUUGAAGUCUUCAGUACUUGUUGGGUACACAGUGAUGGAGGCCUGGUUGUGUGGAAAAGAUAUCACAACAUGCAGGCCUGUGUGUCAAUACAAAUUUUAUUGGGAAUACAUUGAUCAGUAUUGCAUGCUGUAAACCGUCAAAAAGUUGCCCCCUACUUAUUUUUAUAAUUUGCAAAAUAUCAAAUUUUCACAAUUUUUUUCAAUUUGGCAUAUUUAGUUAAUAACCUCUGUCAGAUUUGAAUUGACAUCGAUCAAUGAUAUAUUCUGCCAAAACAGUUGAAAAAGAAGGGCAGCCUGGUAUUGCUUGGCUGGCAAACAUAGGCUCUUUUAUUUCACUAUUUCUGUAAGCUUUCUUUGUACUGUUUGAUGUAAAAUGGCCGAAUUUGCCAACAGUUUAAGCGGCGAACUUAUCUUGGAUUUUUUUGCCUUUUCUGUCCUUUGAGAUCACAAUAUGAUGAAGACUUCUUUUCCUGAGGAUUAAUGGCCAAACAAUCUUUUCCUAACGUCCCGAUCUAGGGUUGAAAACAUUACUCUUUUGUUCCAUGCAUUUUGCAGUUCUGUGACUGAAGUUGUAAACGCAUUUGAAAAUGUGCCGUUUGUACAAAAGGUUGAAAGACCAGAUGAAAUUUAUAUUUGAAUAGAUUGAUAUAUUUAUUGUGUACAUAUUACGAAACUUUUAGGUCUGAACAUAGUGUGUAGAAUAUAACAUGACAAUAAAAUGAUUUGUCAAA